AUGGAACCACCGAAUGAAGGAUGGACUGGAAGCCGUCUCCGGGACUGGUCAAGCUCUACCUCCUGUGAACUGUAUGGGCUUCUAGAUGCUGUUAGCCUACUUUUAAGGACCUUAAGCAAUGGACAAGUUAUUCGUGACUCGCAGUCAGUCCUCCGUGCCCUCUCCUCCACAAAGCCUGAGGCCCAUAGCCUAGUCAAUAACAUACUGCACCAUCUAGUCACGGCCAUUAGACAUGCAUUUGUAAUACAUUUCCUAUGCAUUCCCUCGCAUGUUGAGUAUCAGCUAAUGAUGAUGUGGAUCGUCUUGCCAAAGCUGCCUGUAGACUUGCCCUACUUGCUGCAGACGCCUCGCCAGCAACCCUCUCCCUCUACAAGCGGAGGAUACCUACAACUGACUUCACCACAACUGAUGUCACCACAACCGAUGCCACUACAACCGAUGCCACAACAAUUGAUGCCACUACAACGGAUGUCACCACAACUGAUGCAACUACAACUGAUGUCACCACAACCGAUGCCACUACAACGGAUGUCACCACAACCGAUGCCACAACAACAGAUGUCACCACAACUGAUGCCACAACAACAGAUGCUCCUACAACUGAUUUCCACUACAGCUGAUUCAGCUACAGCGGAAUCCACUACAGAUAUCACGGUAACUGUUUCAACUACGGCAGAUUCCGCAACAACGGGUUCCACGUCUGAAUCAACCACAGGCGACUCUGCUGCCACUGGCUCCACUGCCUCCGCCCCCAGCACAACGCCGUCUCAGGACCGAAUCGACGCCGAAGACUUGCUCAGCAGGUUCAUCCAGCUUCUCAGCGACCUCGCAGCCCCUGUCAGCGACGAAAACGCCCAAGAAAUCGACGACGGCACCGUCAACGUCAACAGCUUCAUCGCCGAGUUCGAUGACCUGAUCGAUCUGAUUGCGCAGACGGCCAAGAGGCUCACGGACGGAACCAGAGCGAUUCUGCCGCAAGCUCGAAGCGACACACAGCAGCUGCUGGAGAGGAUCAGAGACGUCCGCAUAGCUAUCCGAGAGGAGGUUGACCAGCUGAAUCCAUUGGCUGAAAAUACAAUUAUCCUGCCCACACUGGCACCUUAAAGGAUAGAAUGUAGUGACUCG